AUUACUAUAAAUAUAUAAAGCUUAGUUGAGCCACCAACAAUCCAUCAAAUCUCCAAUUAUUGUUACUGAGAGAUCUGUUAUACUUAGAAUUAUAGAUAUGGUCUCCUCAAGAAUUAGUUUGCGUCCAUUUAAGUUAACAGAUGUUGAUGAUAUGAUGUUAUGGGCAGGCGAUGAUCGAGUAACUCAGACCAUCCGAUGGAAGACUUUGACUUCGAAAGAAGAGGCAUUGACCUUCAUCGAGGAAGUGUGUAUACCCCACCCUUGGCGUCGAUCCAUAUGCAUCGAGGACCGUUCGAUUGGGUUUGUAUCCGUAUUCCCAGGAUCAGGUGAUGAUAGAAGUCGAGCUGAUGUCGGAUAUGCUGUUGCUUUUGAAUAUUGGGGUCAGGGGAUUGCUACUGAGGCACUCAAAAUGACAAUCCCUCAAGUGUACAAUGAUUUUCCUGAAGUAAUAAGGCUUCAGGCAUUAGCUGAUGUUGAGAACAAGGCAUCCCAAAGGGUAUUGGAAAAGGUUGGGUUCAUCAAGGAGGGAAUAUUGAGAAAAUAUGGAUACCACAAGGGGAAAUUAGUGGAUCUGGUCAUGUACGGUCUCUUAUCCACUGAGUCGAUUUACUGAUACCACUUCCUUCAGGUCCAUGAAGUCGCAAUUUUUUUUAACACAUGUAAUUGAAAAUUAGCCAUCGCUGUAGAGUCUCAACUUCUACAAGUGAAAUUCCGUGAUAUUUUCACAUAAUUUCACUUGUAGAAGUUGAACGUGCACGACAAUGGCUAAUUUGCGAUUACAUAGCUGAAAAGUGACUAGGCCCGUUAUAACUACCUUUAUAUCUCGGUCUUGUUUUUCGCUUUUUACUAGAUGGUAUUAUAUGUUGAGUAGAAAUCAGUAGUGUUUUACUCUUGAAAUAAAAGUUCUAUGGAUCAAGUAGUACAGUUCAGAAUAGAUACUACAAAAUAGAAACAAGUAAAACACAUUCACACCAUCAAAUGAACUAAUUAGAC